UUGAUAUGGAUAAAAGGGACACUUAACAAUAAACAACCAUAUAUAUAUUUUUAAAUUAUGCAGAUCAUCCAUAACCCGGGGUUGUGAACGUCCAUCGGUGAUCUGGCAAAUCCUUCAGAGGGGUAAGUAAGUUCGAGAGCUUUGCUUCAAAAAACGUUAGGAGAACGACACUGUUUGCUUAGCAAAUUUGCGAAUAGGGCCCAAAUUUUUUAUCUCGAACAGGGCCAAAUUUUUUUCUGUGAUUUUCGGAGACGGCCCUGGUCCUCACCAAGAGCUCAGGGGGAUUGCCGUGGAUCCCUCUACCCAACUACCAUUAACAAGGAUUUUUGUAGAUUGAGGUAUAGCAGCAGGUGUUUCUGCAGAACAUAUCAUUCCCCAGUGUGAGUUGCGAAGCUGACGUGGCUUUACCAGUAUACCUUCUCAUCCAAUUGGCAAGUUUAAUCUACACAAGUGGGAGACUGUGAAUACAUAUGUUAAUUGGUUCAAUGCUCAUUGUAAAGUUUUACCCAGCUGGUCUUUGCAAAUAUGGGGAUUCAUGUAGAUUCAAUCACUCCAUAUUAGAGGCUGACAAUCUUCCCUUGCAAGUUAACUAUCUUGGUUAUCCUAAAAGAUUGGGCAAGAUGAAUUGUUCUUUCUACAUGCGUACUGGCAUGUGUGGUUAUGGUGUAUCCUGUAGGUUUCACCACCCUAAUCCUAUCGUGAUUUUUACUCCUGGACCGAUGAGUAACCACAAAGAAGCUGUGAAUUUGACUCAAUCACACCUUUCAUUGCCUCUGGCACCAAAAGGCAAAGAAAAAAUUGAAACCGCUGAGGAUUAUACUCCAAAAAAGAGAGCCUUGUGUUCUCAAUGAUAUUGCUCUACCAAUAAGCCCUGUAAGUAUUUAAAUCUCUAAAAUGUGACGUGAAGCAUUGUUCCUUUUAUGUUAUUUCAAUCAACGAAUCUUUAAAUGAUA